AUGAUGAGAGCUGUUACUAUAUUUUUCUCCGUGUUUGGACUUCUUCCAUCAACCGCUCUUUCGGAUAUUAUCGGUAUUCCGACAAUCGAUUGCCAGACAGACGGUAUCGAAGCCCGUAUAAAUCUCUCGAGACCUUUCCUAGGACGUAUCUACUUGCGAGGUCAUUAUGCCGAUGAUGGCUGCUUUCACGACUUCACCAAUUCAUCCACAACUUGGGCUAAACCCAUCUUCAGUUAUGAGGCUUGUCACAUGCGACGUAAACGUCAGGCAAAUCCUCAUGGACUAACAAUGUCUGCUGUCAUGAUUAUAUCCCAUCAUCCGAAAUUGGUAACAUACCGGGAUAAAGCCUAUAAUAUAGAAUGUUUUUAUGAACAAUCAGAUCCAAGUCCAGUUAUAACAGAUUUGAAUGUGAGUUCUAACGAUAAUAAUAUUAUAAAAAUGAGAGCUGAAACGACACUGCCUGUCUGUAAUUAUCAUGUUGAAAUGAAAUCAGUGAAAGUGGAUGAAGCAGCAAAAGACAAGUUAUCAGUUAUAACUGUUGGCGAUGAAGUUGUCCAUAUUUGGACAUGUUCCGAUGAUCAACCAAACAAUUUAUAUUGUAUGCAGGUUCAUAGCUGUAGAGCAGAAGAUGACACUAACGAUAGUGUGCCUGUAGUAGAUGCCAGAGGAUGUAUCAUGGAUACUGAACUACUAUCAUCUAUACAAUACACAUCUGCAUUACGUGCAUCAGCUUCUUCAAGAGUUUUUAAGUUUGCUGAUAAAAAUGACAUCAGGUUUCAAUGCCAGAUUCGUCUAACAGUUCGUAAACAUCAUCUCAAUGAAACGUGUCCGAUACCGGACUGUUCGAAAAAGGAUAACUAUAAGAAAGUAUGGAAGAGAUCUUUGAAAGAAGUGAACAUGGAUGUUGCGACAGAUGGAAUGACUGUAAUCGACAAACCAUUAGCGGAUCAUUAUCAUUCAGUAUCAGAUUGUACGUUCAUCAUCUGGCCGUUCGCUGCGACGUUCAUAGUGUUCUUCACGUACUUCCUUUUUACCAUUUACCACUGCUGUAACACCCGACGUAUCUCACAAGAGCUAAUGACCAUACAAUCUCAAUUUUAG